CAGUAAAUAUCAUAACAGUCAAUAAAAAACCGGUCUUUUGUGUGCGAAUGUAAGAGGAAAUUGCAAUAAUUCAGCAAACGAUCGGCUUGCAGUGUUUUAUUGGUACAAAGCAAAUGAAUGAUACACUUUACACGAGCAACAAAUAUGCAACGAUUCUUUAUGAAACUGGAAAUAAAACAGUCAUAAUUUGUGUAGUAUGUAGUCUGCAUAUAGGUAAUGAAUUAUGCGUAAGUAAUUGGGUACGAACAUAUUAAAUUAUGGAAUACCUUCACACGCCCCGCGAAUUUAAUAAACAAAGAAUUUGUGUAUUAAAGAUCCUUUAUGUAAAUUAAUUACAUUCCACAAGCGGCAACAAUUUACCCAAUCAUAUUUGCCUACAAUAUCGGUAUACAGACGUUCUGCUCCCCCGCAAUACGUCACUUUAAGUUAUAAAUUGAUACGGAUAUUAGCACUGCGCCGCGGGCACUGCCAUUUGGCUCCAUCAUGGGUCUAUUUACUAAUUUCGCCGGAGAGCCGGUGUCCUGCCCUCAUGUCUGCAGUAAUAGCAGCUCAAAAUUGCUGCAAUCCAACCGAGUAUCAUCGAGUUAGAUCAGUUAAUCCGGGCCGGCGACGGCGGUUAACUCACUGUUCGCAUUGCGCUUGCGACGAAUCUGCGUCUAUUCUUUUUUCGAACUUCAUUUGUUUUGUUUUCUAAACGGCCAGUAAUAACAUGGAAGUAAAUGAUCGGAAAGUGAUUUUGGAGAAAGUAUUAUAUCGGAAUCUGGCAUCAGGCUGAAAUACAAGUGACUUUGUUGGGUGUUCUUUGAAACUGGUCACGAUGAAAAUCACGGAAAGCUGUGUGAAUGUGAAUGAAGUGACUACUGUCAGUGUGAUCACUGAACCAAGCUGCUACUCAAUCCCUUCAAACAACAUGUCGGGUGGGUCGCACGUAUCGCGCGCGACUUUCGGGGGCGCGGACUCGGAGAUAUCCGGGGGCAGCGCGCCCCCGCUCCCCAGCCCGGCGUCCGCGGGCGCCGCGCUGGUCUCUCCGGAGACGCUGAGCAGACACAGCAGCCCCCCUCCUCUCCCACCACACCCCUCGCACCAGCAACCAGCACCGUCUUGCUCCUCGCAUCGAGUGCAUCUGGAGUCACCUUUGAGAUUGUCAAGUCCUCCGUCGAUGUCGCUGGGCGGGUCACUCUCCCUGCAGCCAGUGCUGUACGGGCCCGGCGGACCUGCACACGCGCCGCUGCCUCCCUCCCGACGCCUAUCAAGACCUUCCGCCGCUAUACAACACAUGCACGUCAUAAGCGCGAGCGACGCAUUAGCAACAACCCUGUCGGCGCUGUACGGGAAGCUGCUUGUCGUCAUGGGGAUCGCUUUCCCUAUGGCUGAGGUCAUCUCUACAUACAUUCCACCCUCCUUCUAUGAGGGCUUCUACCUAUACCUGUACAUCGGCAGCAUGGUCUUCUUACUAUACAUGUACGCGGCUCUCGUCAGGGACCGGUCCAAGUCUUCGGCACCAGAUACCACCGUCGUUGCAAAAUCAGACUCGAGCUCAUCCCCAUCGGAGUCAGAUUCCUGCUCAUCCCGCACUGAGCGCAGCACGGCGACCGCUCCGCACGUGCCGCCGCAGCUGUCAGCCAAGCGCCUGUCUCUCGGCUUCGCACUGGCCUCAAGAACUCACCACUACGGCAGCUUCUACCUGAGGAUGGGAGCAGUUGCUUUCGGUAUCGGGUCCAUGAUCUAUUCCGGGCUGGAGUUUGGCCAAUAUUGGGAGUUGGAGCGGAACACCAACUGCCAUAACGUUUUGUUGGCUUUGACGCCUGCGACGAGGAUGGCCUUUAUUUUCAUACAAAUGUAUUUCAUCUUUCUUAACAAUGAGAUGAAAGUUUACAAGCACAAGAUAGUGGCCCGUUUUGGCCUCAUGCACAUGGUUGGAACAAAUUUAAGCGUUUGGCUUAACGUCCUCGUUCAGGAGACCAAACACGAGAUCCUCACCUUCUAUGAUCCUGAGAACAAGACUAUUGGAUUGUCACACAGACUUGCAUUCCAGAAGGCAUUUGCAUCACUGGCAACGGAUGUCCCGCCGUCUCACCCCGCGGCCGCUCAUUUACGAGUGCCAAGGGGUCUCAAGGGUCCUCACCACAUCUUCGAGUGUCGCCGAACAAACAUAAUGGGUUCUCUCGUCCAAGAUGCCUCACCGUUUCUUUUCCCCUGCACAAUCGAGUACUCCCUGAUUUGCGCCGCCAUCCUGUACGUCAUGUGGAAGAACAUAUCCAAAUACCCAUCGAAAGAUGUCGCUGCAGCCAUCGUCAAAGCUCGCAUCCUAGAAGGCCUGGCCUACAAGAAGUCACCACAUUUGUAUAGCGUUGACUGUGCCAGAGCUCACAAAGGACUCUUCUUCGGGAUCCUCGUCUUGGUUCUAACUAUCAUAUCAUUGAUCUUGUUCUUCGUUUUGGUAUCCAAAAAAGAUUACGCUACACUGGCUGUAGUGGAGGUCAAUGUUUGUGAGUUAGCAUUGUAUGCUAUGACAACAUUUGCUAGUUUAGCAGGAAUGUUUUGUGUGAGGAAACUCAAGUAUGAUGGCAACCGAAACCUCGAACUGGAUAAUAUUCUCCUUGUUGGAGCGCAAACUGGCAUGUUCAUCUAUGGCACUUUCACCAUCAUCGGUGGACAUUUUACGAUAGAAAAGAACACCAUAUUAAUUUUGAUAACGGCUUUAUCAUCUUUGAUACAGACUACUUGUCAGACAAUGUUUAUUCUGGAUGCAAGUCGAAGAUCGGCGAAAACUGCGGAACAGUUACGGAAAAAGCCAGGAAGAGAGAUAGUGACCUUCCUGUUGGUUACCAACUUGGCAAUGUGGGCAAUAAAUACUUUGGAAAAAUCAAGAGCGGAGUCUCAUCCAGUCCAGCUGCACUUCUAUGGGCUGUGGGCUUGGACGAUCAUCACCCACGUGUCAAUGCCACUCGCCAUAUUCUACAGGUUCCACUCAACGGUAUGCCUGUGUGAAAUAUGGAAGAGAGCGUACAAAAUGAAACCCGCUUACAUGUAGCGACCGGCGCGCAGGUACUGGAGCACAGCGCUGUCGUUCAGAAUGUGAACUGUGGUACCUACUCUCGAAAUCAUACAUGUAAAGUGGUAGUUGGAUGUUAGUGCCAUAGAUUCAGCUUAUCUAUCUGGAUGCCGGAUCAAAUACAGUAAUCACGAUAUACCGACUUUUUAGACGAAGUUCAGAAGCUCGUCUAUCCGGUAUUCUACGAACCGCAUAGUUUGAAAGUUGACUGCUGUAAUGUUAAGUUAUUGUAUUAAAAUAUUUUAAUGUGUUAUUUAUUUGUAGCUUUAUUAUACGCUUUAACUAUCUUAGCGGAUUUGAUAUGUUGAUAUUUAAAUCGCAGUAUUUCACACGGGUUGGAUUUUAUUGAUUUUAGCGCUUUAUACGUUAGUUUAGAUGUUAAUUUAUCAAGUUUUAGUGUUAAAUGUAUUGUUAAUAUAUGUGAACCUAUUAUGAAGUAAGUUAUGUGUUCAUAUUUCAACUUGUUUAAUAUAGACAUGUGUAGCGUCAGAUAGGGGUUAGUUGGUAAGUCCUAGUUGAGCCUGCAUUUCACAUUCCACAUCGUAGCAUCUCUUGGUCGCCGAGGCAUAAUAUUUAUAUUCACGCACUUUGAUUCAAAAUGAAUGUCUUCCAUUAGGUUACAUUGUUUUAUAGACUUUUUAACAACAUUUUUUUUCUGCUAUUUAUUGGCGUUUAUAAUAACGUCUUAUUCCAUAGUACAGAGGGAACAAUAAAUUUUAUCGACCUAAUGAUAUUUUUUUGAGGAUUUUUGAACGAGAAAUCAGAACAUUGGUGACGAUAAUAAAGUACUUUUACUAUUAAACGCAUAAUAGUCUGAACAGAGGAUAGAGAUUUUGUAGCGGAUAUUUUUGCGACGAAAAGUAGUAACGUCAGUAUUUUGGAUAAAUUUUUAACUGUAGCAAUACCGUGGACCCAGUAGUUAGGCAAAAAUGUAACACCAAAGUCGUUUAUGAGUAAGAAGUGAAAUUUUGAGCUUAUUUCGUGAGUAGUCCAGUGUAUAUCUGUCUAGAGCAUAUGAGCGCCAAACUCCUGGCGUUAGACUUGCAUGACGUUAUUAUUGUCUAGACUUAGUGAUUUCGUCCACAUCUUAUGAAUAUUUCAAUAAUUUUCAAGCAUAAUAUACAAGUUGAUUUUGUAAUAACGUUUUGUAUCGGUAGAUUCGGUAGAUGAUUUGAAGGCAUGUAUAAUAAACGUUCAGAGCCUAAAGAUUUUUAUAACAGAUUUUAUUGUUAAUUGAUUUCAAUUGACCUUGUGAUAUCAGCUGUUCUUUUUUCUAAUCUCGCGAUUACAAAUGAAAUAUUUAUAUUAAUUUAUUAACGCAGUUCGUAUACCAACUAUUGAUUGCUCAAAAUGAUAUUAGAAUUUGCAUGUUUAUUUAAAGUUGCUGAACAAAAUCGCGUGUAGAAUUUGAUGUUAUAGCCUAACUGUUAAUAUUGUAUGAUAUGAAUUGAUUAUUGUAUCUAUAGGAAUAUCGCUGUACCUUGUAGAUUGAAGCCCCAGAUUAGAUUUCCUAUAAUGUUUAUAAAAUAAUUCUGCUUUAAAGUUUUAUUUUUUAUUGGUGCCUGUCGUUGGCUCUUGCAGUUAAAAAUCGAGACGGUGUACUACACGGAGUAGAGCAGAGUUUCUCUCACACAACUAAAGAGAAACCUGCUUUAAAAAUGGUGGUAUGAUAACUAUAAGGCCGUUGUCCGCGAACUAAAACAUAAUGAAAGCAUUGCUAUCUUUUAUAACUUACCGGAGCCCAAUAAAAUUAAUGACAUUUUAAUUUUAAAUCUUCGCAAAUUGAAAUUGCCUGUAUUUAUGGCAGUUUUAGUUGAAACAACUUCCUCUUUUUAGUCGUCCAAUUACGGGCAAGUGUAAAAGGUAGCAAAAUCUUACCUAAGUUUCGUUCAAUGGAUUCAAGGCCAAUUUUAACCGUCACAAAUUACUUCAUUGACUGCUCCAUUAUUUUUGUAUCAUCGAAUUUUUCAGUUGAUUUUCCUAACGUUAUUUCACAUUAAGGAAUGUAUCAAAUGUUUUAAUGUUCAAUUGUUUUAGCAGAAGCCGUUCCUUUGCAUAAUAAAACCCAGUUUUUAGAGAUGUCAGAAAACAGUGAUUUUAAAAUUUUGUAAAUUAGAGUUAGAGUCCUUUAUACUUUUUAUAUUAUAAUAUAUGUACCUAGUAUAAAAAUAUGUCCUAGGUGCGUAAAGUACAUUGAAUACUCAAUAUGAAAUUUUAGCUUUAAAUUAUAUGUGACAUACCAAAUUUAUACCUACUUAUAAAUUAUUGUAGAAUUAAAAUGAACGCCAUACUCACAAUUUCGGAUUGCUGAAUUUUUAAAACCUUGGCAUUCAGGUUUUAUCUAGCUGUUAAAUAAGCUUAGUAAUAUUUUAAGUUACUUUCAAAAACAAAAUUUAAUAGUCGGCCAAAUUUACAAAAAUGAAGAGACAGUACUUUUUCCGCCGAAUAUAGUUAUACAUUUUAAAAUUUUACAUUCUCAAAAGCUUAAGACAUUUUGUAUAAAUACGUAUAUUUUAGCAGAUCUUCACGGAUUUGAUUCCUUCACUCAAAUGUAUGUAAAAAAUACUAUUAUAUUUAGAGUAAGCUAAGCUGUACCUAUCUGUUUAUUUUAUACAUAGGCUAGUUUUAACUUUGUACACAUUAUACCAAAUAUUUGUUGAAAUAUCUUUUUAUCAUUUACUCCGCGGCAUUUGGCAAAGUUUACACAAAUUAUGAGAGCAUAAAACAUACUUAUAUUUUGAUUUCAUGAUGAAGUAUUUUGGAGGUCGAAAAUAACAUAUUUUUGUUCUUAAUAUCUUGUCGCUUUUCGAGGUUUUCAUAAUUUGUAUAAACUACAAACAAUUAGUUUUCAUGAAUGCCUUUUUAUGAAUAAAUAGUGAUACUAGAGUAUUGUUUUUAAUUAUAUAUUUGUGAACUAUUUAUUUGUUUAGGAGAGACUGUGAAUAGAACAGGAUAGCGCUAAGAUUGUCUCUUUCGAUGUUUAACGUUUACAAACAAAUAAAACCUUUCUCGAAAUUAUCCUGAAA